AUGGCGGACCAAAAUGUCGACCUCAGUCUUAGACAAAAACGAAAAAAGAGUUUUGUGCGUGACUUUUUCGUAAAAAAACGACGAAAUUUCAGACACAUUAAUCUGACAGAUAAUUCUGCACAAAAAAAGCUAUGCUACACGCAAACAUUUGUCAAUUACGACGAAUCCAAUGUAGAUGAUCCUACAUUGACCGAACCUGCUCCGGCUUCACCAUUAACAUCGGCAAUUAUUCCAUUUAGGCGGUCUAGAUUUGGUACCCCGAUACAUAGAUCAGAAACGGGUAUUCCCGACAUAAUUCGUUCAACAUCGGAAGAUUCUUCGACUCUGAUCCAGAAGCAACCAUCCAUCGACAAAACUUUCAACAAAAUUAAAGCAUACACUGAUGGUGGUAGCAGAGCGUCUAAGAUUACAAACGCUGUGGUAUAUAAGAUAGCGAAGGAUCAACAGCCUUUUUCUGUGGUCGAGGAUAAAGGAUUUAGGAAUCUCUUAAGUAUCGUGGCACCUCUAUACACUGUACCAUACAUCUGGACAGAACCAUUUAAUACCCAGAAUUAUAUUGGCCUCACCGUACAUUAUAUCAAUUUUGAACUUAUGCAACUAGAAUGCUUAUCUCUUGGAAUAAAAGAACUCGAAGAAAGCCACAACGCAGAAUAUAUACAACCGACAAUUGUAAGCGAGAUACUAGAUGAGUGGCACAUUAAUACCGAUUCAGUAGUAGCUGUAAUUACAGACAACGCUUCCAAUAUCACGAAAGCGAUGCGGGAUACGUUUGGGCAUCGAAGACAUAUGCCAUGUUUCGCUCACACCCUAAAUCUAGUAAUUCAAGACUCAAUUGCUGCAACACCAGAAUUACAAAUUGUGGUAAAGAAAGUGAAAUCUAUUGUCACAUACUUCAAACGUAGUGUCAAAGCAACAGAUGCACUCAAGGAAUUACAGACAUCAGAUGUUGAAAACGGUGGACUGGUUUUAAAAUUAAAGCAGGAAUGCGAGACACGUUGGAAUUCGCUUUUUUAUAUGAUCGAGAGAUUCGUUCAAUUGGCGAACUACGUGAGCACCGUAUUGAUUAGUCUUCCGCGAAAAAAGCAAGACGAUAUUCCAGAGAUGACAACACGCGCCGAGCUACAAAUUUUGAAAGACGCCUGUGCCAUUUUGCGUUCAAUCGAACGCGUUAUCACGGAGAUGUCGGGCGAUUUGUACGUCACGUGCAAUAAAAUCAUCCCCAUCGUUAAUUGCCUGAUAAGAACUUUGAAAAAACUCAAUACUGAGCAUGACAUUUCGGAACGUCUGCACAGAAAUAUUUUACGAGAACUUUGCAAAAGAUUUCACGGCGAAGAUUCAAACGUCGAAAAAAACGCUUUUCUCGGUAUAUCCACCUUACUAGACCCACGCUUUAAGAAACUGCACUUCCGCAGCUCAUUAGCUGUUGCUACAAAAGUAUCAAAUCAUGCUAAGAAAACAGAAGAUUUGUGGAACGUUCACGAUGAAUUGAUUGCAUCUUCAUCAACAAACUUUGACGAGCCUGGUGGCAUACCAAUCGAACUGCGACAAUUUUUUAAUACCAAUGUCGUCAGCAGAAGCGAGGAUCCACUAAAAGUUUGGCAAAAACUGAAAGAUAUUUACCCAAAGCCAUAUUUUGGACGCGAGGAAAUCAGAAUCCUUGGAUUUAUAAAUACAGCCGAAGCUCGGUGGAUGCGAUACUUUCGCCAAACCGAUCAAUGGCGGAACGAGCAGAACAUCGAAAAUGCUUAUAGGCAAUACGAUCUCGCCGACGUAUGGGACCUGAGGAGACUAUUCGGCAUGGAACCAUUGUUCGAUGAGGAUCGGGAGAUCUGGGAGUAA